AGAAGAAACACAAGAAAAAAAUAAAAUAGAAUAAAAUAAUAACAAAAAUAUAUAUGAUACUAAACAAACAAGCUCUUUAAGCAAGCUCUAGUUUAUUCAGUAGCUAUAGCCAUGGAUGCUGAAGAUGACUUGUUCUUCGCAGAUUUAAGCAAGCAGAUCUCUCUUCUAAUCAUGGAGGAUGACGAGGACGUCGACGACCCCCUUAAGUUUCCAAACUGCCCUCCAGUUUCUCUCCAGGAUUUCGCCGGAGCAAUCAACCCACCUGCACGAUUACCUCCGGCUCUCCAUGAGCAAGCUUGCCGGCGGGAAAGCAAAGGAACCGGAGUUUUCAUCCCCCAGUUGUCACAGCCGAGGAGGAAGCAAAGGCAUGGGAGAUUUGCUUCUUACAACACAAUAUCCCAUAGACAGCCAGCUGAUCAUAAUACGAGGAUGAUUUCUCGAGCAUCUUCCAACCAUUCUUUUAAACCCAAAAAAGUUUGAGCAUAGAUCCUUAAUUAUGAGGUUUAUAAUCCAAUAAUUUCUACUAAUUAAUUCUUUGCCAAGGCAAGGAUCUGAAGAUUAUAAGGAUAUUUUAGUCAUUUUUAUAUAUAUUUAUAUAUCAUGGUGAUCAUCAUGUACAUGGAAAAGCUGUGUUAUAUAUAUAUAUAUAUAUGUAUAAUGUAAUGGCCAUGGAGAGGUUCACCAAAGGUUUCAACCCCUCCAAUAUUUGUGGACACGUAUGGCUGUUAUUUAGUUUGGUGUAGGAUAAGCUUUUGUAUUGUUAAUCUAAGGAUAUUCGUUAAUUUAAUUUAUUUUCUAUUAUGUAAUUUAUUUUUCUGUUUAAUUGUUUUAGUUGUAAAUGCAACUCUAGUUGUCCAAAAUAUCUAAUGGGAUAUCGAUCUUAAUUUGAAUA